UUACAAAACGAAAAUAACCAUAGACAACAAUAAUGCGACAUGUAAGUACGCUUUUUCAAGCUUCAUGAAAACAACGGACUAUGAAGUGUGUAUGGAAGUGCGUUAGACUGAUUGCGCCGCAAAUUACUUUCUAGUGUGGCACGAGGUGAGGAAUGAAUGUGAAUAAAUCAGCCUGAUUUGGUUAUUAAUAAGAGAAACGAAGACAAAACAUUUUUUUUUUUCAAGAUCACAAUGACAACUUUAGAGCAACAAGCUUCCAAACUUUUGGAUUUUAACCAAAAGUUAGACAUUACUUUACUGGACAAUAUUGUGGGAUGCCUCUACUCGACCGUAGGAGAGCAGCAACGCAUCGCGCAGGACAUUCUGACCACACUUAAAGAACACCCUGAUGCCUGGACUCGGGUUGAUACAAUUCUAGAGUUCUCACAGAAUCAGGAAACAAAAUACUAUGCUUUACAAAUAUUAGAACAAGUGAUACAGACAAGAUGGAAAGUUCUCCCGAGAAAUCAAUGUGAAGGUAUAAAAAAAUACAUUGUGGGUCUCAUCAUAAAGAAUUCAUCUGAUCCAGUCACUAUGGAAAGCAACAAAGUAUUUUUGAAGAAGCUUAAUUUGAUUCUGAUUCAAGUUUUGAAAAGAGAAUGGCCUCACAACUGGGAAACAUUCAUUAGUGAUAUUGUGGGUGCCUCGAAGACCAACGAAAGCCUUUGCCAAAAUAACAUGGUGAUCCUCAAGCUCCUCAGUGAGGAAGUUUUUGUGUUCAGUACCGGCCAGCUCACUCAGACUAAAACAAAACAUCUAAAAGAUACCAUGUGUUCUGAAUUUAGCCAAAUAUUCCAGCUCUGUCAAUUUGUACUUGAGAAUUCACAAAAUGCCCCACUUGUGGAAGCUACGCUUCACACUCUAUUAAGAUUUUUGAAUUGGAUCCCGUUAGGCUAUAUUUUUGAGAUGAAACUCAUAAGUACACUAAUAUUUAAGUUCCUCAGUGUGCCGCUGUUCAGAAAUGUGACUCUGAGUUGCUUAACUGAGAUCGCAGGUGUGACUGUUAGCAAUUACGAAGAUCAGUUUGUUGCCCUGUUAGUGCAGACAAUGGACCAGCUGGAGGUGAUGCUGCCACUCACCACUAACAUCCGUGAUGCAUAUGCUGCUGGACGUGACCAAGAACAAGUGUUCAUCCAAAAUCUUGCACUGUUUCUUUGCACCUACUUGAAGGAGCAUUGUCAACUUAUUGAAAGACGAGGAUUGACAAAUACAUUGAUGAAUGCGUUGCGCUAUCUUGUGUUAAUUUCAGAAGUGGAAGAAGUAGAAAUUUUCAAGAUUUGUCUGGAGUUUUGGAAUUCUUUAGCUGCUGAUUUGUACAAAAUUGCUCCCUGUUCCCAAUCAUCAAAUCUAGUUCUGGGCAAAAGUAUGGGCAGGAAAGCUCUCUAUGCUGAUGUACUGAGCAGCGUGCGCUACAUCAUGAUCUCGAGGAUGGCCAAGCCUGAGGAGGUCCUAGUUGUUGAGAAUGAAAAUGGUGAAGUAGUGAGGGAAUUUAUGAAGGAUACAGAUUCUAUUAAUUUGUAUAAAAACAUGAGGGAAACACUAGUGUACCUUACUCAUUUGGACUACCAAGAUACAGAACGGAUUAUGACAGAGAAAUUGCAAGCUCAAGUGCAUGGCUCUGAGUGGUCUUGGAAGAACCUGAAUACAUUGUGCUGGGCCAUCGGCUCCACAUCUGGGGCAAUGAUGGAAGAGGACGAAAAGCGCUUUUUGGUAGUGGUAAUUAAAGAAUUAUUGGGUUUGUGCGAACAAAAAAAGGGCAAAGACAAUAAGGCUAUAAUUGCUAGCAACAUCAUGUAUGUUGUGGGACAAUACCCGCGAUUCCUUAGGGCUCACUGGAAGUUCCUGAAAACCGUUGUAAAUAAACUUUUUGAAUUCAUGCAUGAAACUCACGACGGCGUACAGGAUAUGGCUUGUGAUACGUUUAUUAAAAUCGCUUUGAAAUGUCGUCGCCACUUCGUUACCACACAGGUUGGCGAAGCAUGCCCAUUUAUCGAGGAGAUUUUGAGCACAAUAAGUUCCAUUAUCUGUGACUUGCAAACUCUUCAAGUUCACACAUUCUAUGAGGCUGUUGGAUACAUGAUUAGCGCACAAGUGGACCAAGUUGCCCAGGAGCAGUUGAUUGAGAAGUACAUGUGUCUGCCCAACCAAGUGUGGGAUGAUAUAAUUUCCCAGGCAUCCCAUAAUGUGGACAUUUUGAAAGACCCUGAGGCUGUCAAACAGUUGGUGAGCAUCCUUAAAACGAACGUGCGCGCUUGUCGGGCGCUCGGGCAUCCAUAUGUCGUGCAGCUGGGCCGAAUAUACCUCGACAUGUUGAACGUCUACAAAGUAAUGUCAGAAAAUAUAAGUCAAGCGAUCGCCCUGAAUGGGGUCGCCGUCACCAAGCAGCCUCUUAUUAAAAACAUGAGAAUUAUCAAAAAGGAAACACUGAAGCUCAUCUCCGGCUGGGUUUCACGCUCCACGGACAAUAGCAUGGUACUGGAGAACUUCAUUCCGCCCCUCCUUGACGCCGUUCUAUUGGACUACCAGAGAACCGCAGUUCCCGACGCGAGAGAACCCGAAGUAUUAUCGUGCAUGGCAGCCAUAGUGUACAAGCUGGGAGGUCAUAUCACAUCAGAGGUUCCGAAGAUAUUUGACGCAGUUUUCGAAUGCACCUUGGAGAUGAUAAACAAGGAUUUCGAGGAGUACCCGGACCAUCGGACAGAGUUCUUUUUGCUGCUACAGGCUGUGAACACUAACUGUUUCAAGGCAUUCCUAAGUAUACCGCCGGCACAGUUUAAGCUCGUGUUGGAUUCUAUAAUUUGGGCAUUCAAGCACACGAUGCGGAACGUGGCCGACACGGGGCUGCAGAUCCUGCACCGCCUGCUGCAGAACGUGGAGCAGCACCCGCAGGCGGCGCAGAGCUUCUACCAGACGUACCUGUGCGACAUCCUGGAGCACGUGUUCAGCGUGGUGACGGACACGUCGCACGGCGCGGGGCUCACCAUGCACGCCACCAUCCUGGCCUACGUGUUCUCGCUCGUGGAGGCGGGCCGCGUCACCGUGCCGCUCGGCCCCACGCCCGACAACGUGCUCUACAUACAGGACUAUGUGGCGAACCUCUUGAAAACUGCAUUUUCCCACUUGACGGACAAUCAAAUAAAGAUCACUGUGCAAGGGCUCUUCAACCUGGACCAGGAUAUUCCAGCCUUCAAGGACCACUUGAGAGACUUCUUAGUUCAGAUAAGAGAGUACACGGGCGAGGACGACAGCGACCUGUACCUGGAGGAGCGGCUGUUCGCGCUGCGCCAGGCGCAGGAGGAGAAGCGGCGCGUGCAGCUGUCCGUGCCCGGCAUGCUCAACCCGCACGAGCUGCCCGAGGAGAUGCAGGACUAGGCGGCGACCAGCGAAUAGCGAUGCCCGACUUUUUACACGGCCGUGUUUGAACAAAAAUCGUUUCAAAAAAGUUUUUUUUUUUUUUCAUUUUUAAAGUCCCGUAGAGUUGGACCAAGCUAAUGUCAUCAUUAAUGUCACAUUUCUAUGAAAUAUGGCGUUUGUAAUGACAAUUCCUUACUUUGUUCUGUUCAGUACAAAGUCAGCUUAAACGGACUCUAUUUGGGUAAUAAAAUAACGUAUCACAGACAUAUCUGAAAAUCAUAGAUCAAUACUUUGGCUCUGAUUAUUUUCUACGGUUACGCAAAUUUGUCAAAUAUAACUGAUAGAUUAGAGAAUGUAACUUUAUUGAUACAACAAAAUACAAGUACCUAUGUAAAACAUAAUAAAAACACUCUAAUUAAAAUGUUGCCCUAAGUUACAGAUAUAUAUUUACAUAUAUUUGACAGAUAUCCUUGACCAUAGACAACAAUUUGCGCCAAUAAACUUGAGCUUUGAAUAUCGGAUAUGUUUGCAAAGGGGUCAUCCACAUAUUAGGUCACAGCAACAGUUGGAAGGGAAGUCAUUUCAAAUGUGACAGUACAUGUUAAAGAGAUAGGAAAAAGCGUGACAUGGGUUUCCAAAACUCGAAAUUUUGUGUGACGUUAUUAAUGGAUGACGCCAAAGGUCUUUUGUUCGCACGGGAUACUCGUCUACAUGGCAGUGUUGGCCGAUACGUUAAUGCAAUUAAAAAUUAAUGGCCAUUAACCAUUAUAAAUUGAACCAUAAAUUAUAACCGUCCGUUACGGUUACGGUUCAAUUUAUAAUGGAUUAUUGCAAUUAACGUUCGGCCAACACUGCUACAUGGCGUUUUAUUAGAAAAGGGCAGAUCGCUACUCGCUUUAUCGUCGCUGAUCAGACAGCUGCCCUAAUAUAUUUUUGUAACUUUCAGAUACUAAAAUGACAUCACGUUGCUUAAUUGAGUCGCUUAGCUUCAAACUCAGGUAAAUCCAUCUGUCAGAUUAUGCGAUUUUGGUAUUAUGAAAAGGUAAUAAGGUAGGUAGAUAUUUGCUGAGAGGGUCGAAUGGAUUUAUCUGAGUUUGAAGUUAAGCAACACAAUUAUUAUCUUGAAUUGAGUGACACAACGAAUUAACUGCGGAACUUCUUGUUAACUGUCAAAUUUACUAACUUAUUCGUUUUAGAGGGAUAUUUGUAGGUGUAAUUGGUGAUAAAAAGUUAUUUAGUUCUCAAACUAACUUAGGCGACCGUUGAUAGAUCUUAUCUUGUUGCAGUAAGGUUAAGAAUUGUGUGUUAUAGUCGGUCAAACAAGUUUUCCAGUAGAAAAAGGCGCGAAUUUCAAAUUUUCUAUGGGACAAUAACCCUUCGCGUCGGCAUUUUUUAAAUUUGCCGCAAUUUUUCUAGUGCCGGAAAUGGCUUGACAGACUAUAACUAUGUCAACAAUCUGUACAUUUUUAUAUCUUAUUUUUUAAUGUCACAGUACUAGCUAAGUUUGCCGCCUUAUCUAACUGUCAUUUUAGUAUCUGGAAACUGAGACGAGAAACUUCUUUGACCGAGGAAUCGAAUAUUCACGAUUACUCUUAAGAGUCUCUUAAGGCUGCCCAUUAGGAUAAACUCCUUACGCCGAAGACUAGUAACAGUUCACUAAAAUACGCUAUAACCACUCGACACUUUGACGAAUGACAACGCAACGGCUAAGUCAAUGUGACGCCAUUUGACCUGUUGGGACGCCAUUUUAGAAUCUAUAAAUAAUUUUAUUUACCCAUUUUGACUUGAACAAUUGGGGUUGUACGCCAAAUCGAAAUUCAAACUAAAUGUUUCAAUCAUACAGCCAUGAUCGAAAACGUUAACUAUGAUUUAAUUGGAUUGAAUUGACUGUAUGGGUUCAAGUCACUUUAUGACUAAUCUGGGAAAUCCCUUGAAAAUUCUAUUCGAAACUGAUAUUGCUUUUAAACCAAAUUCAAAAUUACUUGUAUAUAAAGCCAGAUCAGUGUGUUUACGUAUUAGGGUAAGGGCGAUGUGACGUAAUAUAAUAUAAAUCAGGAUUUUGUACAGCUUAUGUAAUAGUAUUUUUAUAUUUUUGGACACGAUGUUAAAAACCCGUUAUUAUAGCAAACUAACUCUGUGAUUUUCUAAGGAAUUGCUUUCAACAAAAUUCGGAGAAGAUAACUUUUUAAUUCUGGUUCGACAGUGAUGACCCGACGCCACGGAAUUCAGUCAGAGCAGAAUGUCUAUGGUCACGGAAAUCUAUCAGACAGAACUUAAGGAGCUGACGGAAAGGAUUCUAUUAGAUCAGCCAGAAACAAAGACAUUUCAUUCAGAAUUUCGUCGCGCUUGUGGUCAGCAAUUGAUUUACUUGCGCUCUGUCUAAUUAGAAUUAACAACCCAAGGUAACCGCCUACGUUGCGAAUAUACUCAUUAUACUUCAACGUAUUGGUUAAAAAGCCAAGAACUCGAUUUUCUACCACUGGCUCAACGCCAAUGAUCAGGCAUGCAUACUAUAACCAAGCUAUACCACAUUUAUACAAAAUCAUGAAUAUGAAGAUAUUCAUGGUUUUGUAUGAAUGUGGUAUUUAGAUUGGGCAUUCUAAGUAAUAUGUACGACCUAUCAGGACAACUAGUGUAUUUGACACAGACCAAGGUUAAUACACUUAGAAAGCAUUGCCUUAGAAAAAAAAACAGAGAAUACAGCUUGUACUUAGUGGUUCACGAGGUAGCGGGAGUCACGUGCAUUGUAGUUGGCGAGCCUAGUUUACGCUUUUCAACUAUUAUUUGUAGCAUUUAAUACUUAUUAAGGAUCAGGUAAUUUCAAUAGAGUUAUCCCCAAUAACUACUAUUAUGUUACUUGCGCGUUUAGUGUUGUGUUUUGAGAGUUCUCAGCAGUUCAUAAUAUAAGUGCACAGUAAAGCUGUCUCUCGCGAGAUUUUUUGUUUUGUACGAGAUCCGACUCGAGAUGUUACUGAGUUAAAAAUGAUCAAUAACAAUAUGUUAUUUUGUCAAAAUAACCUCUUAAGCUAAGCUGAUAGGGGUGACUUCUUCGAGUCAUGAGUAUCACAACAUGUGAUAAGGAUAGUAACAGCAUGCCUUGGAUGGAAAGUCACUUGUAUAAGCCUAGCUACAAUAUUUCGAACGUAAAUGAGAAACGAUUUAAUAUGACCACAACUGAAUAAGCUGCCAAUUUCAUGAUCCAAGUUUGAUUGAAUUUUAAAGUACUUUGAUGUUAUAUUUCUAAGUUUUAAAAUUGUAUAAUAACGAUAGAACUCUGCUCUGCAGCGAGGCAGCAAGACUAGCGGGUAAGAUAUCACAUUUAAGUGGACUGUUAUCAUAGUUUUACGUGGAUGCAAAUCUUGUGCCUAUAAAAUAUUACCUUAUUCUGCCAGAUUGUACAGAGACCGUAUGGAACAUGUAAGGUGAUGAAUGCUAGGAAGUUUGGAUCACAAACCACUCCGAUAAGGGCAUAUUUUGCCGGCACAAGUCGUAGGUGGGCCUUAUUUAAGCAAGCAUUAAAUCAUGCAUCAAUUUACAUUGCUAGAUGAGAUAGAAUAUUUCUAUGUUUUUAAGUAAUCUUCAAAUGUAAUGAAAUCUCUGUGAUGGAACCAGUGUCGGAUGUUCAACAUGUGCGCUACUAAAGCUGAGUAUUAAUUCGUAGAUUCUAGGUAAAACUUUAUGAAGUGAAUUGCUGUUAGUAACAUUUUUUUAUGUUUUGUUUAAUGUUGUCUCAACUAAUUUCAUGAUGGUUUGGGAAUCUGAACACUCAGGGUAGUAUCCAAACGCAUUUUGGGCCCGAUUAACUGUCAGUCUUUCAUUUUGUGUUUGAAAUAAACAAAUAAAUAUUAAGUGA